AUGCCGGCGAAUUGUUCGCUAGCGCCAUCUAUAGGACUCUUUUUUCUUCUGUUACAAGGUUAUCUAUAUGCUCAUUGUUAUAAAAACCCUUUCGUUGUUUCUCUCACAUCCGAAGAAUGCGUGGAUGAAUUUUUUCCUCGAAUAAAUCCAUCGUUAUCCACACUCUACAUAUCUCACGCACUGUUUACUCAUCAACGGUCAAUUUACCUACUCAAUCAUUCAGCUAUUUGUCGUUGUUCAGCUAAUCUGAAUAGUCCCAUGGAAGGUUCUUCUUCAUCACCUCAUAAAAAUGAAUUAGUCGAAAGUAUGUUUAAAUCACUUAACUCCUAUACAAGUGAAUUACAACAAGAACUGGAAUUGUUAAAUCGAAAAGUUUCGGAUCAAACUCGACUCGAACAAACCUACGAUACAUCUCAAGAACAAUUACAAGAAGAUUUAAUCAAACUUCGUGCAGCCAUUGAAACGAACACAGUCAAACGAUCUAUUCUCGAUCGAAAUUUAAAUGAACGAACAGCAAUGUCACAAUCGUUGCACUCUCAAAUUGUCGACAAACGUCGUGAUCAAGAUAUGCUUCUAGACAAGGGAAAUACUGCGAAGUACAAUCAUCAUCGAAAUAUUUCGAAAAUAACUGAACAAUGUGCUAAUUUAACGAUGGCAUUUCGUACGAAUUAUCAUUCUUAUGCUCGAGCAGAUCUAGAUGAAAUUCGAAAGAAAACCGAGAGUCGGUUGAAGAGCAUUUCUGAAGAAGUUUCCAAUGCUGAACUAUUAACUGUAAAUAAUAAAAAUCAAUUGAUUGAACUAAAUGAGAAACUCGAUCGGGAAAUAAUACAUUUCAAUUACUUAAAAGCAUCUAUCGAUAUUAUUGCACAAAAGCUUCAAUUAGAUUAUGAAGAAUUGGUUAAAUUCGAUGACAUCGAGAAACAAUUAGCUGAUAUACAAAUUUCUAUCAAUGAACUAGAAGCUUGGCAUAGUCGAACAAAUUAUCCAUCGGAAAAAUGA